ACAGAUGGCGCUCUCAAAAUAAUUUGACAAUCCUUUAUUUUAACAGCGAGCUCUGAAUUCGCCUUUGUUUAUUUACUUAAAAUUGUAUUGUAAGUACAGAUCGACAACAUCUGAUCGGUUAUUUUAAUCUGCAGAAAAUGAAAUAAAAAGUCAAGAAAUCAUCAAAAGUUUGUUUUAAAAAGAAAAUUAUCAAUUGAAGAAUGGGUGUGGGUGUGGAAGUACAAAAUGAUGGUAAUACCGGACAACUUACAAGAGAUAAGAAUAACAGCGCCAUUGUUUACAACAAUGCCGAUGGAGCACCCAUGCCAAAGCAUAUACCGUUUCCAGAUUUUCCUGGCAGUUCGGAGCUCGUCAAUGAACUUAUAAUGUUUCUUUUCAUUACGUUUGCAGCGGCCAUGCAAUUUAUAAACCUUUAUCGCACAAUGUGGUGGGUGCCGGACUCUAAUACGACACGUACAGUUAACGUAUACCUCAUAGAACCCUACUUGAUAGCGUUCAUAGUGCUACUAAUGUCCAGACGUUUUGUAUACUGCCUGUUAAUACGCGGUCAAGAAUUGUUACAGAACUUGAGUAGUGAACACCGUCGCAUCUAUAAAAAGAUCGUUAAGUACAGCUUUAGCAGCUGUCUUUUAACACUACUCGGAUUUUGUGUGUAUAAAAUCUAUACAAAACAAUCUUUUAUGCCUGUCUUCUUGCUAGUCUAUCCUCUUGUCAUCUACCUACUCAUUUUCGGCUUCCAAAUUGAGUCCUUUCUGCGCAGUUCAUAUGAAGUGGAAGGCACCUACUUUAACGGCAUGCCCAUGCAUUGCUGCUCCACCAGCCCUGACACCAUACGCGAAGAAAUCGUUGUGCUGAAAAAUGACUUUAAUAUACGCUUCAAACAAAUUGUGUUUACAUCUUUAUUAAAUGCCUACUACGCCGGUGUUGUGCCCUGUCUAUUUGCUGUCUCCAUGUAUUACAAUGUAUUGUGGGCGUAUCAAAAUGCCUUAUACAUCUGGUUAAGUUGCCUCACGAUGACGUGUGCUUUCGGUUUUCCAGCAAAAUAUAGCGACAUUUUACAUCGAGCAUCACUGCAUUUAGGUUAUUGGUCGCGUAUGGAGUUGCGCGCAAUUGGUGGCAACAGCGGUAACUCUAGUUCCAGCAAUGGCAGCAGUAGUGGCAGUAGCUCAUCAUCCAGUGGUACGACCACUGCAUGGAAAGCAAACACCGUAUGGACUCAGGAUAGUGUUGUGAAAUGCAACGGGGAGUUAUUUAGUGCUAAUGGUCCAGUUACGGUUGCGCUACCCGGAAAUUCUAGUCAUUCUAGAUUUUAUAAACUAUUCCGCAAUCCAGCCAUCAUAUACAUGAUACUGACCGGUGUACAAGCCACCGUAGUCUUGGCAGGCAUAUUAGUGCUAUAUUAUGCUGUCGAGUGGCACUUUAUGCUGUCGAUUAGUUUUGCAACGCUCACAAAUCAAUUUACAUUUUUCAAAAUAAUGCUUGAUUAUUUGGUGACGAAACGCAUAUACACGUCGGAAACAGCGAUUGCGGAGCAAACAAAAUCGAACGCGUUGCAUAGCAAUUAAACGCAGCACGACAGUACGAAGCAGAAUUGCAUUUAUGCACAAAUUAUAAAUAUAAAUACUGACUGUGAGCUCAUGAACAUUUUAUAUACUAUAAUUUUUGAAGUACAUAUUUUAAG